CAACGAAAUAAAAAAGCGUCAAGAAGAUACAAAUAAUAAUGGAUUAUAUCAGAAUGCUUACAGUUUUCCUUUUGGUUAUGAUGUGGCAAAUUUUUUUUCUAAUAAUUCGAUUGACGCUAAUUCCGAUAUAUCGUCAGGAAGUGCUUCCUCCCCCGAUACAACAGAUUUAACCUUAUCGCCAACUUCUGAAUUAGCACCAUAUCAUAUUGAAUUAUCUUUAGAAUGUCCUUUUACAAGUUGUCAAAUUAAAGAUAAAUCCAAAGUGAAAAUAACUGAUAGUACAUACCUCAUAGAACAUUUAAAGGAAGAACAUUCAAUUCGCUUUGUUAAUUUACAUCAUGUUUAUUUGACUAUUGAAAAAUAUUUGGGAUUUUGGGCAAAACAACUCGAUCAAGAUAUUAUAAAGCAAUUAGAUGCUGAAGUUAAUGAAGAUAAAAAUAUCCGAGAAGAACUUCAGCGCGAUAAAUUGAACGAAGUUUUACAAAUUCAAGCAAAUGAACGAAAUGGUGAUUCGAAAUUACAAAAAAAAUGUUUAUUCUGUAAUAAUAUAUGUGAAAAUAGACGGAUACUAUUUCGUCAUAUGUUUGAUGAACAUAAUUUUAAUAUUGGUCUUCCUGACAAUUUAGUAAAUGUUAGUGAGUUUUUGCAAAUUCUUGAAGAUAAAUUAAAUAGAAAACAUAUGCGAAAGAAAAAACAUUUCAAAAUUAGUGCUAGGAAUAGAAUUUAUGACCAGUUUUAUGUUAUCAAUCAUCUGGAACCUGGGAAAAAUUGGGAGACAUUUGAAAAUGAACGUUAUGAGUCUGAUGAGGACUAUCAUAAUCGAGAUGAUCCUUGGGAUGAUUGGAAUGAAGAAGAAUCAUUACCAACUUCGUGUCUCUUUUGUGAAAAUAUUUCACCAAGUACUAAAGACAUAGAAAAUCAUAUGACAAAUACUCACGGGUUUAAUCUUUUAGCGAUUAAACGAUCAAUGGGUG